CCCCCGUGGCCAGACUCGGAGUUGCCUACUCCGCCGCCCCCGCUGUUUCCCACAUCUCCUAUGCCUCCGCCUACGCCAACUACGGCUGGUAGAUCGACUGACACCAAACACCUCGUUAUUUAUUGAAAAAAUAAAGUUGUACAUAAAUUAUAAAAAGAUUUUUUUUAAAGUGAAAACCGAAAAAAUGGAGACGAAUUUUGAAUUUGCCGCGCUGUCAUUCAGCUGUCAAUUCAGCGUCCUUCAGUCUCCCCCAACAAAAAAUAAAUCGAAAAAAAAGUGAAAAUUUUCAUGGAAAUGUUUGAAAACCAGUAAAUAACAAAACAAUGCCACUAAAAUCGCGCUACUAGAUCGCCCUUGCUCUCCCCUUCACUGCUUCCAGUAAAAAAAUAAAAAUAACAAACGCACAUAACCUCAAACUGAAAAGAUGGUAAGAAAACGCUCAAGAAAGUCCGAAAGCAGCGAGGACAACGACAGCGACAGUGAUGUAGAAUUCAACGUAGAAGAGCGUUCGCAGCCAGCCCCCAAGAAAUACAGUCUUCGGGAGCGCAAAAAAGCCCCCUCGUUGACCGCCGAUUUCGACUAUUACGGUCUCGACGAAGAGGAGGCCGAGACCCGCUCUUCCGAUGAGGAUUUCAAGAUGGAGCCCGAUGGAGAAACGGCAUCGGAACCAGAUGUGGACCCUGCGAACUCAGAAGGUCUGAUCGACUUUGAGGACAUAAUCCGGGCGGAUAUUGUGGUGAACAAGAACAAAAUCGAUUACGACAAUCUGAUCCAGAAGUCGGAAAUAAGGUUAACACAGCCGAAGAGGCGAGGCAGGAAACCCAAAAACUCACCGGAGGAGAAGAAAGAACCUGAUGAUAGUCUAGUGUGCGAACCGAAUUUGGAAACGUUGUCCCAUUUGGAAAACAGCGAUAAUGCGCCAGAAGAGAAAAACGGCGAUGUAACUAAUGAGAUUCUUCAACCAGAGAUACAAUUCUGUGAAGGUGAAGAUGCGCUCGAAGGGGAAAAAAGUGAAACUGAUCCUUUAGUAAUUAAAAAUGCACAUUUGUUAGAGGCGGCGGUGAUUAAUGUGCCCCUUGAAGGGGGGCAAAACAGCAAAAGUGAACCUGUGUUUAUUAAAAAUGCAGAUUUGGUGGACACACUGAUAGCCAAAGCCUUCCCUGAUGAGGGAAUACACCAAGAAGACGACGACGUUAUUGUUCUAGGGGAGCUUAAACACGACGUCAUUGUGUUAGAUGACUGAAACCAUGUAAAUAAGAUGUAAAAUAGCCCAUUUUUUAUUAGUGUUUCGGUUUUUAUAUUUAUUGAGUUUCUGGUGAGGUUAAAAUGAUGUGAGAUUCAACUUAAUUAGUCAUCAGGUAAAAAAGCAAGUUGAUCGUGUUAAGAGAUUUUGUUCAAUAAACAAGAAUAUAUUAUAAACCUAAUGUUUAUUUAAUAUAAAUACAGGAUAAUUAUCGUU